GCCUCCGCCGCCCGCGCGGAGCCAGAUGCCGCCCCCUCCGCCGGUUCCUCCCUCGGCGGCCUGGCGCCUCCCUCCCUCCCCUCCGCUGUGACUCACCGAGCGGGAGGCGGAGGCUGAGGCGGCCGCUCCCGCUGCUGCUGGUGCUGCUGCUGCUGCCUCCGCCGCCGCCGCGGCUGCUCGGGCUGAGUGCGCCCCGGAACAGGCCGCCGCGCGCUGCGCCCCAGACCCGCAGCCCCCGCCGGCCCAGCCGGGUCGGGCGGCCCAGGGCGGCACCUUCCUAUUUCUCCCCGGCCACAGCCCUCCCCUCACAGUUGAGCACCUGUUUGCCUGAAGUUAAUUUCCAGAAGCAGGAAUCCCCAGAGCCGGGCCGGGGGGAUGAACCGCGAGGGAGCUCCCGGGAAGAGUCCGGAGGAGAUGUAUAUUCAGCAGAAGGUCCGGGUGCUGCUCAUGCUCAGGAAGAUGGGAUCAAACCUGACGGCCAACGAGGAGGAGUUUCUGCGCACCUACGCAGGGGUGGUCAACAGCCAGCUCAGCCAGCUGCCACCGCACGCCAUCGACCAGGGUGCAGAGGAUGUGGUGAUGGCAUUUUCCAGGUCGGAGACAGAAGACCGGAGACAGUAGCUGCAAACCCCUUGGAACACUCUGGAAGCUGUCGAGGGCCAAGAGAUAUUCGUGGCUUCUUGGCCGGCUAAGUGGCAGCAGACCACCCUGCCCCAUCUCCCUCUGCUCCCGCUCCCCUCCCACCCCACUCCCCACCCCAUCCCACCCCACCCCAUGGCCACCCAGUGGGCCAGCAUCAAGGGAGACAUCAGUGGUGCGUUCACAAUUGGCUUAAAGGGACGGACUCAUGAUUGGCUUCAGGAAGAAACCUUUUUAUUUUUAAAUCUUGACCAACAGAAACCUUUUAUUUUUAUUUCUGACUCUUAUUUUUUUAAAAAUUUGCGCCUCGGUAUCUGGCUUCCCAGGAAGCUGUCCGAGCUCUGGUGCUUUAGUUAGGUCAUUUUUAAGAAAUGUGAAGAGGUCUGAUUGGCUGCCUACGCUGGAAAGGGAUUAUGAUUGGCUGGUUAAUGGGAAACGGUAUUUUUCUUUGAUUGGCUGCCGGUGUUCUGCUGAUACAAACAGCUUCUCUAUUUUGAAUGCAGAAAACAGGGUCUGAGACGUUAGCUGUUAUAUUUGACUUGAAAAAAAAGAAAGAAAGAAACCAAGUGCGCUUUGCGAUAUUUAUUACAUGAAGAGCUUGCUGCUGCUGCCUUCA